GGAGGAAGAAGAGGUGAAGGAUACGGGAAGAGGGAGGGCAGGGAGAAGCGAGGUGUCGCCACGCGCGCGGGCUCGCGGCCGCGCUCACACGCACACAUCCCCGCCUCGCUCUGUGCCGUGGAGAGCGCAGAGAGGAGAGGGGGGGGUGGUGGUUGUAGAGAGACGGGAGAGUGGAGAGCGUGAGGAGAGUGUAAUCGGUUAGAGUGGCUGAGAGUUGAAGAGAGAGGAGAGAAGAGAGAUCACCAUGGCAGCGCGGAUCUCGGCGCUGCUGUUCGCUCUGCUCGCGUGUGCCCACAGAGAAGGCGUUCGCUCGGAGUGCGACGCGUCCAUCGACCCUGGCGCGCAGCCUCACGGCUCCAUCUCCCUGCACAACUACCCGGACAACGCGCGCUGCACCUGGUUCAUCCGCGCGCUGCCCUCCGAACGCGUGAGGUUGCUACUCACCUACCUGGACGUGGAGGAGGAGCAGGGCUGCGCCUACGACCGCCUCACCCUCAAGCCGGGCGGGCAGCCCGAGCGGGUCUUCUGCGGCCGCACCCAGCUGGGGCUGGGGAUCCCCAGGGCGGGGGCUGAGGGGACCCUGCUGGAGGGACGCGGCCAGACCCUCGUGGCCUUCCAGAGCGACGAGUCAACGGGCUACGGGGGCUUCACGGUCAAGUUCUCGGUGGACGUGGACUGGUGCCGCCGUCACGAGCCAUGCGCCCACGGUGCCACGUGCAGCGCCGUGCCCGAGGGGUACCGGUGCUCGUGCAGCCGCGGGUGGAGCGGCCGCAGGUGCGAGCAAGGUAGGGCCGCGGUGAGGUCGCAGCGAUGCCACGACACCGUGGGACGUGACUCUUUUUUUUUACAAAAAAUAAUAAACCUGUGA